AUGCGCCAUCCCGCCCCUCUACCCCCGGGCUUCCAUGGUUUGCGGGAGCUAAGGAAUUUUACUCUCAUCAACGUCCAGUUACAGAAGAAGGGGGAUUACCAGCUGGAGAAGAUCAUCGCAACAUCACCAGCGCUCGAGGAACUGACACUUUGGGAUGUGAAUAUCCGAGGCAGAUUCAAAGAGUGGGUGAUUCAGGCGUCCAAUCUCCGGUUCCUCAAAAUUUGUUCGGCUUGUGAUUAUGGUUGGAACCUUGGGGAUCUUCCGCGCCUCGAUUAUGCUGUAAUUGAUGUAUGGGACUAUCUAGGUGGGGACUGUGAUUUCUCCAAAUUUAUCUCCAGCCUUGCAAGCGUUACUGAGCUUUGCAUAUAUACUUGUCAUCCACCGUCAAAUGGGGCUAAUAUGCUAGAGGAACUUCCAUGCACCUUUGUCAACUUAAAGAACUUGACGCUGUAUACACACUUCUGUGAACUUCCCUCAAUUUUGUCAACCUUUUGCUUGCUAAGGAAUGCUCCAAACCUUGAAAGACUCAAAAUACUGAUUUAUUAUGGCGAGGAGCAGAAAUUUGAGGCAAAUCGAGAGUUUCAAGAUGCACAAUGUACCGAUGGCAUGUGUGCCAACCUUCAGUUUGUGAAGAUGACUGGUAUUCACUGGCAUUCAAAUGAAAUGUCUUUCAUGGAGCUUAUUCUAUCUAAAGCAAGGCUUCUUCGCACAUUAUCCAUUAGUUAUGAUGAGGAAUGUGCAACGUCUAAUGAGGGUGCACUGAAGAAGUUACAAAAGUACAAAAAAGCUUCAACUCAUGCGAAGGUUAUAUUUAAAGGCAAAGCGGGAUCUUACUAG